CAACAGGGCCUGGCACAGUGAGUUCUCUGCGUAUCAGAACCAGAUGGGAUGUAUACAAUUACCUAGUCAAAUGAUUGUGAGGAAACUGAGGCACAGAGAGGAGAAGUACAAAGUCCAGGUUCACACAGACUUCGGGCUCAAGAUGGUGGCAGUGGCCCUGUUGCUACAGUGCUGCCCAGCACUUGCCCAGGGCCCCAGAAGCCUCCUGGGCAAGAUAGUUAAGACUCACCAGUUUCUUUUCGGCAUUGGGCACUGUCCCAUCCUGGCCACCCAAGGACCAAUCUGUUCACAAAUCCACCUUAAGGCAACCAAAGCUGGAGGAGACUCUCCAUCUUGGACCAAGGGCCACUGUCCCUUCAUGCUGUCAGAAUUUCAGGAUGGGAAGAGCAAGAUUGUGCAGAAGGCGGCCCCAGAGGUUCAGGAGGAUGUGAAGGCUUUCAAGACAGACCUGCCCAGCUCCCUGGCCUCAACCAGCCUGAGGAAGCCACUUCCCAGUCUCCAGGAGCCAGGGCAGAUUUCAGAGAAGAUCACACACUUGGUUCAGAACAACAUGACUGGAAACCAUGUCUUUGGUUAUGACCAGUUUUUCAGGGAUAAGAUAAUGGAGAAGAAACAGGACCACACCUACCGUGUGUUCAAGACUGUGAACCGCCGGGCUGAUGCAUACCCCUUUGCCCAGCACUUUACUGAGGCAUCAGUGAUCUCAAAGGAUGUGUCUGUCUGGUGCAGUAAUGAUUACCUGGGCAUGAGCCGGCACCCUCGGGUCUUGCAGGCUACACAGGAGACCCUGCAGCAUCACGGAGCUGGUGCUGGUGGCACCCGUAAUAUCUCAGGCACCAGUAAGUUUCAUGUAGAACUGGAGCAGGAGCUGGCUGAGCUACACAAGAAGGACUCAGCCCUGCUCUUCUCCUCCUGCUUUGUGGCCAAUGACUCCACUCUCUUUACUUUGGCCAAGAUCCUGCCAGGAUGCGAGAUUUACUCAGAUGCCGGUAACCACGCUUCCAUGAUCCAAGGUAUCCGCAAUAGUGGAGCAGCCAAGUUUGUCUUCGGGCACAAUGACCCUGACCACCUGAAGAAACUUCUAGAGAAGUCUAACCGAGAGACACCCAAAAUUGUGGCCUUCGAGACUGUUCACUCCAUGGAUGGUGCCAUCUGUCCCCUUGAGGAGAUGUGUGAUAUUGCCCACCAGUAUGGGGCCCUGACCUUUGUGGAUGAGGUCCAUGCUGUAGGACUGUAUGGGUCCCGGGGUGCUGGGAUUGGGGAGCGUGAUGGAAUCAUGCACAAGAUUGACAUCAUCUCUGGAACUCUUGGCAAGGCCUUUGGCUGUGUUGGCGGCUAUAUCGCCAGCACCCGUGACUUGGUGGACAUGGUGCGCUCCUAUGCCGCAGGUUUCAUCUUCACCACUUCACUGCCCCCUAUGGUGCUGUCUGGGGCUCUGGAGUCUGUGCGGCUGCUCAAGGGAGAGGAAGGUCAAGCCCUGAGGCGGGCCCACCAGCGCAAUGUCAAGCACAUGCGCCAGCUACUAAUGGAUAGGGGUCUCCCUGUCAUCCCCUGCCCCAGCCACAUCAUCCCUAUCCGGAUAGGUGAUGCAGAGCUGAACAGCAAGAUCUGUGAUCUCCUGCUCUCCAAGCAUGGCAUCUAUGUGCAGGCCAUCAACUACCCAACUGUCCCCCGGGGUGAGGAGCUGCUGCGCUUGGCACCCUCGCCCCACCACAGCCCUCAGAUGAUGGAAGACUUUGUAGAAAAGCUGCUGAUGGCCUGGAAUGAAGUGGGGCUGCCUCUCCAGGAUGCUUCUAUGGCUGCCUGCAAUUUCUGUCGCCGCCCUGUGCACUUCGAGCUUAUGAGUGAGUGGGAACGUUCGUACUUCGGGAACAUGGGGCCUCAGUAUGUCACCACAUAUGCCUGAAAAGCCAGCUGCUUGACUUCCCCACCACACCUGCACUUCAUGUGGGGCUGGGUGUCCUCCUGUCCUCUGCUUCACUGUGUGCCUUCGCUGCUUUGAGUCUAAAAAUAAAGAGCAAACUGCA